GCCGCUUAUGCGCGCCGAGAGCGGGGCGCCAGCAGUGCCGCGGCAGCACUGCACACGAGCAAAAGUUAUAUAGCUCUCCCGCGCGACAGUCUGCCCGUCAGAUCCGCGCAGGCAUCAGGCCAUCUCGCAUAGUGUGCGAGUGCGAGUGAGAACGAGAGAGAAGAUCAAAGUGUGUCGAUUUUCAUCUCUGCAGUGCCUCCCCUCCUCCCUCUUCUCUUCUAACCCUGCCGCCGCGGUAUAAGUGCUCGUAUAUGUGUGUUCGCGUUAUAAUAGCGUAGACCGUAAGCGAGUCUCUCGCUCGCUGGCGCGCGCUGCUGCUGCUGUAUCUCUACUGCCGUCCGACAGUCGCCAGAACGGAGCUGCCGAGUGCGGAGCCCUGUUAAUACCUCCGCCGGAGCCUUUGCUGACCAGAUUGUAUUCGCGAGUACUACGGGGUAGAUGCGCAGAGUGAUAAAUGUGCAGGCAAGAUGGAGAAUCACACGAUGGACCAAUUUUGCGGCUCUAAGUUCUGGGACCGAAACUUGUCAUGGUACACAGAUGAUCCAGAUCUGACAGAAUGUUUUCAAAAGACAGUGCUAAUUUGGACACCAUGCAUUUUCUUAUGGGUAUUUUCAUCAUUCGAAGCUUACUAUCUUCUAAGGAGCAAGAGAAGAAAUGUUCCUUUAACAUGGCUCUUUGUGGCAAAAUUCUUACUUACAUCAGCAUUAAUUGUACUCACAAUUGUGGAUUUGGUAACAGCGAUACGAGACAGUACUUUCGAUUUUUAUCCAGUUUAUGAUGUGGAAUACGUUACACCUUGUGUAAAGCUUCUGACAUUUAUCUUGGCCCUUGUAUUGCUAUACUACAAUAAAAAAUAUGGCAUGCAAACUUCGGGAUUGUUGUGGAUGUUUUGGUUUGCUCUUGGUUUAUGUGGUAUAGUUCAGUACAGAAGCUUAUUAAGGAAAAGUGAUAACGAUAUGGGAUACGAAUUUAUAUCAUAUAUGAUAUACUUUCCAAUUGUGGUGAUAUUGUUCCUACUGAACUUCUUGGUAGAUGCACAACCAAAAUUCUCAGAAUAUCCACCUGUAGAGAAACCUUGUCCAGAGCAGAGUGCCUCAUUCCCAUCUCGUCUAACUUUUUCUUGGUUUGAUGCACUAGCAUGGAGAGGGUUUAAAAAUCCCCUGGAGACUUCAGAUUUAUGGUCUAUGAAUCCCAUGGACAUGGCAAAAGAAAUUGUACCUCAAUUCGACAAAUACUGGCUAAAAAGUCUUAGAAAAGUUGAUAAACAAUUUUGGAUUGAUCAAAAUUUUUCCAGCACACAAGGAGCAAAGGCAAUGUUCAGAAAAUCAUCGGGUCAAGUGGACUUUAAUAAUGAUAAAAAUAAGAAAUCUGCUUCCGUUCUGCCUCCUCUUUGCAAGGCGUUUGGUCCUAUAUUCAUGUUUGGUGUCAUGCUCAAAGUUUUACAAGAUGUCAUGACGUUUGUCAGUCCACAAAUUUUGUCAUUGCUAAUCAACUUCACGAAGCAUAAAAAUCAGCCUAUGUGGAAAGGUUAUUUUUAUGCUGUGCUCCUUCUUCUGACGGCGAUAUUGCAAACGCUGGUUUUAUCACAGUACUUCCAUCGCAUGUUCUUAGUAGGAUUGCGUAUGCGAACAGCGCUUAUAGCAGCCAUUUACAGAAAAGCAUUAAGGAUGUCGAAUUCCGCUAGAAAAGAAUCCACUGUAGGAGAGAUCGUCAAUUUAAUGUCUGUAGAUGCUCAAAGAUUCAUGGAUGUGACAGCGUAUAUAAACAUGAUAUGGUCGGCGCCGUUACAAAUUGCUCUGGCAUUAUACUUUUUGUGGCAGAUUUUGGGACCCUCUGUUUUAUCUGGUUUGGCUGUCAUGAUCAUUCUAAUUCCUGUGAAUGCAUUGCUUGCCGGUAAAGUGAGAAAUUUGCAAAUCAAACAAAUGAAAAAUAAAGAUGAGCGAGUUAAAUUGAUGAACGAAGUAUUAAGUGGUAUAAAAGUUUUAAAAUUAUACGCUUGGGAACCAUCUUUUGAAGAACAAAUUUUAAAAAUUAGGAACAAAGAAAUCAAAGUACUUAAAGAAGCUGCAUAUCUCAAUGCUGGGACAAGUUUUAUAUGGUCUUGUGCUCCGUUCUUGGUGUCCUUAGUCUCAUUUGCUACGUUUGUUUUGAUCGAUGAAAAAAAUGUAUUAAACAGUGAAAUAGCUUUUGUUUCUCUCAGUUUAUUUAAUAUUUUGAGGUUCCCGCUAUCUAUGUUACCUAUGAUGAUUAGCAAUGUUGUUCAAGCAUCAGUUUCUGUAAAACGUAUAAACAAAUUUAUGAAUUCCGAAGAAUUAGAUCCUAACAAUGUAACUCACGAUGAAUCGGAAGCGAAUCCUUUAAUCAUUGAGAAUGGUAACUUUUCAUGGGAUUCAGAGCAUAUAGAGAAGCCUGUAUUACGAAACAUCAAUCUACAGGUCAAGCAAGGACAAUUAGUUGCUGUUGUGGGAACUGUUGGUUCAGGGAAGAGUUCUUUGAUAUCUGCUCUACUUGGGGAAAUGGAAAAGCUGAGCGGCCGAGUCAAUACAAGAGGAUCAAUCGCUUAUGUCUCGCAACAAGCAUGGAUUCAGAAUGCUACUCUUCAAGAUAACAUUCUUUUUGGAAAGCCUCUCGACAAGGCGUUGUACCAUCGUGUCGUUGAAGCUUGUGCGCUGACGCCAGAUUUUAAAAUGUUGCCAGCUGGAGAUCAGACGGAAAUUGGAGAAAAGGGCAUCAACUUAUCGGGCGGACAAAAACAACGAGUUUCUUUAGCAAGAGCUGUUUACAAUGAUUCUGAUAUCUAUUUCUUGGACGAUCCUCUUAGUGCUGUAGAUUCACACGUCGGAAAACAUAUUUUCGAGAAUCUUAUUGGAUCUCGUGGACUUAUGAAGAAAAAAACAAGAAUCCUGGUUACUCAUGGAAUCACUUACUUACCCGAGGUGGACAAUAUUGUUGUGCUUAAGGAUGGAGAAAUAACUGAAUGUGGUACUUACAAAGAACUUCUAGAGAAACGUGGUGCUUUUGCCGACUUUUUGGUGCAACAUUUACAAGAAGUUGGAAAUCUUCAAACUGAAGAGGAGAACACAGAUGACUUAAUAGAGAUUAAGCAGCGACUCGAGAACACAAUUGGUACUGAAGAAUUACAACAAAGAAUCAAUCAAGCAAGAACAAAAGUUUCUGGUAGCAUCAGUGAAUCUGGUUCUAUUGGAGAUAGAAAAUCUUUAAAUGGAUCUUUGCGCAGACAACACUCAACUGACAGUCAACAAUCCGGAAGUCUUUUACGCAGUAAUAGUGUGAAAGACAAAGAGCAAAUUCAGUACAAAACAGGAGAGAAAUUAAUAGAGACUGAAAAGGCUGAAACUGGUAGUGUUAAAUGGAGAGUUUAUUCUCACUAUUUGAGAUCAAUUGGAUGGUUCCUGUCUCUGUCUACUAUUGCAAUGAAUGCAGUUUUUCAAUCUUUUAGCAUUGGUUCGAAUGUAUGGUUGAGUAAAUGGUCAAGUGACAACCUUACAGAUGCUAAUGGAACAUUUGAUCUAGCCGGGCGUGAUCAAUAUCUGGGUGUAUAUGGUGCAUUAGGUUUAGGACAAGCAAUAUUUGUGCUUCUUGCGCAAUUGACGAUGGUUAUUGGCUGCCUACGUAGCAGUUACCUACUACAUUACAAGUUAUUGUUUGGUAUACUGCGCUCUCCGAUUGGAUUCUUUGAUACUACUCCAUCAGGCAGAAUAUUAAAUCGUUUUGGAAAAGAUGUUGACAUUAUAGACAACGUUUUACCACCCAACAUUAAAGCUUGGUUAUUUUGUCUAGUUUCGGUGAUCGCCACCCUCGUCGUCAUCAGUUACAGUACGCCAAUUUUCAUAUCCGUAAUAGUCCCGACAGGCUUACUUUAUUACUUUAUCCAGCGCUUCUAUGUCGCCACCUCGCGACAGCUAAAGCGUCUCGAAUCGGUCUCGAGGUCGCCAAUUUAUUCGCACUUUGGUGAAUCGGUAACUGGGGCCCAGACCAUACGAGCCUAUGGCAUGCAGGAAAGAUUCAUACAAGAAUCUGAAAAACGAGUUGAUUUCAACCAAGUCUGUUACUAUCCUAGUAUCAUUGCUAACAGAUGGUUGGCAAUCCGGUUGGAAAUGGUGGGCAACCUUAUAAUCUUCUUUGCUGCACUAUUCGCAGUACUUGGCAGAGAAGAUGUUGCUGCGGGUGACGUUGGACUGUCAAUCAGUUAUGCGUUACAAAUAACGCAAACACUAAACUGGCUGGUCCGAAUGACAUCCGACGUAGAGACAAACAUCGUGGCCGUUGAGAGGAUAAAGGAGUACGGCGAGACUCCACAGGAAGCGGCUUGGGAUAUACCGGAAAACGAUCCAGACAAGGAGUGGCCGUCGCGCGGCAGCGUUGAUUUUAACGACUUUAAGGUUCGCUACAGGGAAGGACUUGAUUUGGUACUCAACGGCCUGACCUUCAGUGUAAACGGUGGUGAGAAGGUCGGCAUCGUCGGAAGAACCGGAGCCGGCAAAUCCUCUCUGACCCUCGCGUUGUUCCGCAUCAUCGAAGCUGCCGGCGGCGAAAUUCUCAUCGACAACAUCAACAUUUCCAAGCUCGGUUUACACACUCUUAGGUCGAGACUGACCAUCAUACCACAGGAUCCGGUACUAUUUUCAGGCAGUUUGAGGCUCAAUUUGGAUCCUUUCAACAAGUGUUCCGACGAUGAUUUGUGGAGAGCGCUUGCUCAUGCUCAUCUCAAGGACUUCGUUCAAACUUUACCGAAUGGUUUAUCACACGAAGUUACCGAGGGAGGAGAUAACUUGAGCGUUGGUCAAAGACAAUUGAUAUGUUUAGCAAGAGCUUUGCUUAGAAAAACUAAAGUUCUGAUUUUGGACGAGGCAACAGCUGCCGUUGAUCUUGAAACUGAUGACCUGAUUCAAAGGACAAUCCGCGAAGAAUUCAAAGAAUGUACAGUUCUUACUAUUGCUCAUAGGCUAAAUACUAUUCUCGAUUCAGACAGGGUUAUUGUCUUAGAUAAGGGCGCGAUUGUCGAAUUUGAAUCGCCCGACUCAUUACUUCAAAAACCAGAAAGCGCGUUCUACAGUAUGGCGAAAGAUGCCGGAUUAACUUUAUCAUAAAUCGUUCCCGUAGGUUCCGUCAAUUAAUAAAUGUAAAAUCUUGCCUGAAACUUUUUAAUCAUAGCAAACAUCUAUGUUCCGUUAUUAUAGAUAAGAUCCUUAUGGUUUAAAAACGAAAGUCUUUGUUUCAGAAGUUUUGUAGGCUAUGAAUUUUCAGACAAGAUCUUAAGUCUCGUUCGAACAAUGUUUUAUGAUAGAUUUGCUUAUGUACACGUAUGUAAAUCAAGUCAUUUUAACUACUGCCAAUUUUAAGCAAGUUAUAUUGUUAUUAAUGCAAGUAGGUGUGUUGCGCUUAGAAAAUGUAAUGAUAGAUGACUGCAAGAAUGAUAUAACUUUUUGGGCUCUUUUUUUAUUAUUUUAAUUGAAAUUCAUGUUUACGUAUUUGUAUUGAAAACAUUUUUGCGUUACCAUAUAAAAAAAACUUAAUGUGCAUGUAUUUUAUUUUAAUUUUUUUUGAGAUUGUCUAUUAGUAAUGUUGUAUCUGAUUAUUUGAAUUUCAAAUCUAUUACAUGAAUAAGCGGAUGUUAAUUCUCAGCGCAAUCCCAUGAUAAAAGUAUUAUAUUUUUCACUUUUAAUCUUACCUUACAAUAAUACUUGCAUAAAAUUUAAAAUGCCGCAACUAAUCGACAUUUCCAGUUUUCGAUUAAUUUUCUAUUUUACAUUCAAUCCCAAUGUAAAGCUAAUUAAAAACUAUUAAUUAAAUUAUAUUUUUCAUACUGUUCACAUUGGGCCUAAGAAAUACGAGGUACUUGAGUUACUGCACUUAAUUUUUUAUAAACCAGAAAUAUACUUAAAAAUCUUCAGUAAUAUUAAAAUUUGGUUGAUACAGCAAUCAAUGUUUAAAAUAAGUUUAUCAUUUUUAGAGAAGAAACGUCACUACUUAAUUUAUGUAUUGUAUUUUUGAAAUUUUUUAUCGUGCUGUUGUUUAAUGCACAAUAGAAUUGAAAUAAUUAUUUUUAAUAAGUUAGUGAAAGUGUGUAUGCCCAUUAUUCUAAUUAGUGUUUUCAUUAAAUACUCUAGGGAAGAACAAUAGUUACUUAAUAAUAGUCGUAAUUAAUAUGUUUGUUAUAGCAACGCCGAUAUUUUGACAUUUAAGAGAAUUCAAUGUAUAUUAUGUUAAUAUAUGUAAUUGUAUUGAUUUAACAAAAUGUUAAGAAAUGAAUGAUAAUACUUAAAACUGAGAAAAUCAUAAAACUAAGGAAAUCCAAAACUAAACUAAAAAAGCAAGGAUUUUUUUCAAAAUAUAUCAAUGGCGAAGUAGUAAUAUAAACUCCGUUCAGGAUUUUAUCGAUGGUUCAAGAAACCCCGUAAAGCUAUACAUUUUAGUAUAAAAUCAUUCCGAAGAGAUUCACGUUUUCUUCGCUUGUAUUUAUUGAUUACCGCGUUAACGUGCCGUCUGUAAAAUCCUGCACUGUACAUAUCCCUGUUCUCUUAUGAUCAAAAGAAAGUUUAAACUUUGAAAGUCCUUUAUCAACCGUACAAUACCUUUUAAAGCUAAAGAGAAAAGCAAUUUUACUAUGAGCUGUCGAUUAAACAUAGAAACUGUUGUUAAAAAUUCAGAGCUAUUAAAUAAUCCAUAAAAAUAAAUGGCACAUUUUUGUAAAUAAUGCUUCCAAGUUUAAACUUUGUUAUAACAAGUGGUUUGUAAUCGUCUAGCAUUUUACUACACUGUAAAAUAGUUAACAUCUUAUUUUCAUCAAGAAAUAAAAUUAACAAAAUAAGCAAGCAUUGAAUAAUGUGAAGCCGAAUGUGUAGGCAGUAAGAAAAAAGUUUAGCAAACCAGACGCAUACAAGUUGCAGCAUCAUGCGCAUAUAUGGGAUAAGUGCCUUUUUGUAAGAAUGAUAUACGAAUGCUAGAUGUCUACAGCAUCUUUACGGUGCUGUAAAAAUGUAUAUUACACGAAAAAAGAAUUACGGGAGUUUAGACGGUAGCGUCGACGACGAAAAACAACUUUACAUACUAGUAAUCCUUACCGUUUCAAUUUGAAUACUUCAAUUUUUAACUUGAACCAUACAUUCCUUACAUAAUCAGUUAACAUCAUUUUACUGUGGCCUUGUAUACAUUAAAAUAUUAUAUUUUGCAAAGUUUCGCGUCUUCUGACUGUAUGGCACUUUGUCAUUAUGUAUUUAACAGGUUUGAACAUAAAAAAAAGUAUGUAAAGCGUUAAACAGCGAAAAAUCCGUAAAGUAAUAACAUACGCUUUGUUUGUCAAACUUUUUUGUCCUGUAUAAUAAAAAAAAACAUUUUUUAUUACGGCCUAGAAUAUUGUAAAACUAAUAUUUAUUACUUUGAAAAUAAUGCUAAUAAAUUUGAGGUCAAAAGUUAAA